AGACCGUCUAAUAAGGAUAGGAUGAUGCUGUGGGGUUUCCCGUGAUGAAUUGAAGUGUGUCGUGCGAGCGUUGUGCAAUAGCUUAGGACACAUUGUGUGUGACUACCAUCACUUUACUGUGUUUGCUUAUUAUUAGUAGAGCUGUGGUGACUGUUCUUUUGCUCUGUGGCUGAGUAACAGCAAUAGCGGGUGGGCUGUGUUUUGAGUCAUUAAUAUUUGUCCUUAUGGAGUUUUAUGUCGUCCAUGUCUGUUAUAUCUUUGUGCUAAAUUAAGAGAAAUUAAAGUAUUUAUUUUUAUAGUCCGUUCUAGUUUCCUAGUCCGGGAAAAUUAUGUAGCCUAACUAUCAGAGUUCCCCUGCGCUCUAGGUUGAAACCCAGGGGUGGCAUAGGCUAGUCUCUCUCACUCUCUCUCCGGAGGGUGCUACAUAUGCCAUGUCAUGUUCAGGGCCACUCCAUGAUACCCUGGCUAACUCAUGAUACCCAAGUAUCAUCGCUUAAUGAUUUAUACAAUUUUGGGAAAUAAUCUCACUAGCAUACACACUAAGGCUGACAUCGUUCUACAUUAAAGGGACAGGUCUGAGACAUAUCUGAGUCCAAUGGAGACAGCUCAACAGUCAUCAUGCCUGGUGUGAAACUCUCACCGCAACGGUGUAACCAAGCCUACCGAGAUGUCCUCUCUGGGUGUUCUAUCUGGUGUCGAGGCACUCUGUGGUUUAAUGUGGUUCAUCAGGUGUUGUCUCCCCUCAGAAGGUGCUCUCUCCAGCCCACGAAACCUGAAAGUGGAACUACUGGAUUUUCAUGCCAAGGUAAUGUGGGAGUCGGCUCCAGGAAACCCAAGCGACACUGCAUACGUGCUGGAACUUCAAGAGUUCGGGAAAAAAUGGACCAAAAUUGAAAAAUGCAAGACUAUGAUGAUUUGUGAUUUGGAUGACUUUGGAACCUAUGAUGACCUAAAGAACUACUUUAUUAGAGUGAAGGCGGUUUGGGGACAUGAAAGCUCUAACUGGACAAACGCCUCCUCUUUUCAGCCUUACAGCGAUUGUCAGUUCAGCCCUCCUUUAUUAAAUGUGAUGGUUCAAGAGGGAUCCAUCCUUGCUGACAUUCAUCACCCUGUCACAAAAAAGGUGAAGGAACUAGAGUUUGCUUUAUACCUCUAUCGGAAUGUCUCUGGACAGAAAACAGAGGUGGCACGGAAAAUAUCAGCUCAAGGUGCUCUCUCUUUUCCCAACCUACCUCCUGAUCGCUACUGCCUGAGGGCUUCUGUGCAUAACGACCAGAAAGAUCAACUGUUUGCAGAGGAAUGUAUUGUCGUCCACCCAGCAGAUGAAUGGACUCCUAUGAGAGUGGCACUGGGUGUGUCCUUCCUUUUGGUUCUUCCUGUUGGACUGAUUCUAAUCUUUGUAUUGUGCUACCUAUGGCCCAAAUACCUCAAAACUCCACAGGCUCUGAAAGUCAGACCUGGGGAGUCCAAAUUGCUGGAGGUCAUUCCCGACAAGACCAGAGCUGUGGUGAUCUCACACCUGAUAUGGGGCGAAACAGACGACUGCGUGUCGAAAUGUGAAGAAGACAACAGCUCACUAGCCUUUAACCACAAGACAGACUCGACCUGCAUCAGGGACAUGAGCUCUGAAGGGGAGAUCUGUCUGCCACCUGAGGAAGAGGAUGAUGAUGAUGAAGAUGAUGAUAAGUGCACUGGUAGCCUUCGUCACUCUGCUGGUUAUGGGCUGGUGCCAGACAGCAGUGAUGAGGGAGCCCCUGUGGAGGAAGCAUCGUCACACGCCGCCGCCCGUGUACCCGAGACGGAAGAGUAUGAAGAAAAUGAACAUCCAAGUCAAUACAUGGAGAGACUGAUGAUUGGUGCACAGUGGCAGGUCCAUGUCCCAUUAGACUCUUUAAACAGUCAACCAGCCAGGAGUUCAGACCGCCUAGAGUUCAUAGAAGAAACAGCAGAAACACCUCCAAAUAUUUCAUCAGACAGCCUAGAGUCCAUAGAAGAGGAAGCAGAAACACCUCCAAACAGCUCAUCAGGCUAUGAACCCAGGCAAAUACCUCCAAACAGCUCAUCAGGCUCUGAACCCAGGCAAAUACCUCCAAACAGCACAUCAGGCUAUGAACCCAGGCAAAUACCUCCAAACAGCACAUCAGGCUAUGAACCCAGGCAAAUACCUCCAAACAGCACAUCAGGCUAUGAACCCAGGCAAAUACCUCCAAAUAGUUCAUCAGGCUAUGAACCCUGUCCAUUGAUCUGCUAUAACAGUGAUGAAGGUAGCCAGUGAGUUCAAAUGUGAACCGCAUCGCACCCAUUGUGGAUCCUGUUAUAGUUCCUAUCUCAAUAGGAGUCAUUGCAGGACUGUCUUAUGUCUGGUGCACAGACCGCUACUACCAAAGGCUCUCUGUUUGACACUUUGUGCCUCUCUGCCCAGUGAGUGUUGGCCACAGCGUGCCGGACUCUCUGGAGAUCUACACCUGCCUCUCACCGCAGUCUUCCUCACGAGUACCCUAGGAGAACCCAGACAAACCUGUUAGCAAAUUUGAAUUUGCUCUGCAGGUCCGUCUGGCAAGGAUGCCAUUGGCCCCCAUUUCCAAUGGUCCAAAAACCCAGGCACCAAUCACAGUGGCUUAUCCAGCAUGGGCCAGGUUUUCUAUGAUGACAGAUAGAGCAGUGCUCUAAAAGUAAAGCAACUGAUGGCUGCACUGAUAGCCACAGGGCUAAACAGAUAUGGACAUGCAUUUUUUUUUUAAUUGAGUAAACAACUGCAUUUAAAACAUUCGUUUACAAGAAAGAUUUUUUAUUGCUGCUCUUCUGAAAUGAUUUUAAUGCGCCAAUUUAAGUUUAUUUUCACUGCUGUUUAUGGCCGUGGAAGUCGUAUGUCAAUGAAGCCUUUCUAGAAUCUCUCUCAAUCUCAAUGGAGAUUUGAAAGGUGGUCUGGUGAUAAUGUACUGCACUGACAUCACCAAGUUGCACCCAGCUGCUUCUGGAGUGUCUUACCAACAUUGGAGUGCAGGGCAGUGUUUAUCAAUGGUUCACCUCCUAUCUCUCGGGCAGGACACAGCUUGUCCAGAUUUUGGUCCAGUGAAUCCACUGCCCAGUUUAAAAAGGAACUGAAAACCUUUCUUUUUAGACUAGCCUAUGGACUGUGAUAUGGCUAAAUGGACUAUAUAUAUAUUAUAUAUAUAUAUAUAUAUAAUUUUUCUCCUUUUUUGAUG